GCUCAGCAGACGGGAUGUGAUUGCUGCAAGGAGUGGGCUUUGUGCUAGGAGAUCAGAGAAGGGGCAGGAUGUCUACCUGCCAUCUGUAGCCAUCUACUCUACACAGGAUGAAUAGGCAGCCUGUCUAAGCAGAUCAGACUGCUAGAGAAUAUAGGGAUAGCUGCUAGAUUGCCCUUACCUAGAUUUAUCUAUAGGAUGCCCAGUGUGACCGAUAGACACUGAGAGUCAUCCAGUCCUAGUGAAAGGUUGAGUCGAGAUCUGUCACUCCUCGUCACCGACCAGAUCGCCCAGUAGCCUUUGGAAGGGUGAGGAUGAAGGAUCGCACCCGGGAGCUGCGCGCUGCUAAAGACAGUGAUGAAGAUGAUGAAGUGGCUGUCAGCUUGGAUCGAGACCGCUUCAUGGAUGAAUUCUUCGAACAGGUGGAGGAGAUCAGAGGUUUCAUUGACAAGAUAGCCGAGAAUGUGGAGGAAGUAAAAAGAAAGCACAGCGCUAUCCUUGCUUCUCCUAACCCAGAUGAGAAAACCAAGGUAGAAUUGGAAGAGCUGAUGUCGGACAUCAAAAAGACAGCCAACAAGGUCCGCUCCAAGCUGAAGAAUAUUGAACAAAGCAUUGAACAGGAAGAAGCCAUGAACCGCUCUUCUGCUGACCUGCGUAUCCGAAAAACACAGCACUCAACAUUGUCUCGCAAGUUUGUAGAGGUGAUGUCUGAAUACAAUGCAACUCAGUCAGAUUACCGUGAACGCUGCAAAGGCCGUAUCCAGAGACAGCUUGAAAUCACUGGGAGAACUACAACAAGUGAAGAGCUGGAAGACAUGUUGGAAAGUGGAAACCCAGCCAUCUUCUCAUCAGGGAUCAUCAUGGACUCUAACAUUACUAAGCAAGCCCUGAAUGAGAUUGAGACUCGGCACAGCGAAAUCAUCAAACUGGAGAACAGCAUUCGGGAGCUGCAUGACAUGUUCAUGGACAUGGCAAUGCUUGUAGAGAGCCAGGUUAAAGCUGAUCGGAGCAAGUGGGGCUGAAAGCCAACCACAGAAGAACAGGUAACAUGCAAGUGAUGAAGAUUUAACAGCAACGUAUUAAGUAACUCUUUUUCUGGUCCUCUUCUAUUAUCCCUUGCUCACUCUUCCUAUAUCACUUUCCACUUUCUCUAUCUUCUACUGCGGUCUUCUGCUAUUUCUAUUGUCCUUAACUUGUCUCCUGUGUUCUCUGAACUUUAUCACGUCUUUUCUGCAUUGUGCCUUCAUAUUCAUCUCUUUUGGUCAUUCGAAUGUUUCUGUGACCUUUGAUUUGUCUCUGCUUCUAUUUUCUCAAUGCUCGUUCCUUGCCCUCUGCUCUGUGAACCUUGUCUUCGAUAUAAAUUUCAUUCUCAUACUAACUGAUAAUGCAUGCUUCCUCUCUGCCAUGAACAUGGCUAUGGCCACUUGCAUGUGUCUGAUCUCGUAUGUCGCUUUUAUGUAUUUCUCCAACUUCUCUGUGUUACUUUCUCUCUCUCUCUUGAUGUCUUCCGAACUUCUCUGGCUCCUUCUUUUUGGCCUCUUCUAUCUCUCCUUUUCCCUGCCCCCUUCUUUCUACACACCAUCAGGGAGAGAUGAUCGAUCGCAUUGAAUAUAACGUGGAGCAUUCAGUGGAUUAUGUGGAAAGAGCUGUGUCUGACACCAAAAAAGCUGUCAAGUACCAGAGUAAAGCCAGAAGGAAGAAGAUCAUGAUCAUUAUCUGCUGUGUGGUGCUUGGGAUUGUUAUUGCUUCAACGUUCGGAGGAAUAUUCGGAUAGAGAACAGAACAGCAGCCACAAAUUGCAUGUUCUGGACAUGGCAGGAAAUAUGCGGUAAUCAGUGCAAGCCGCACCUGAAGGUGGGGGACUAACAGCGAAAACACGCUUCCCAAGAGGAGAGCCCCUCUGCAUGACUACCCUGUGUGUAACCCAGCGCACGUACCCAGGGAGAGACUGUUUGCUGCGGGAGGGGGAGGAAGGGUUUUUAAAAAGCCAGACCAUUGACUUGGAAUUGGAUGCAAAGCAACGCCCGUGCUUCUUACCUCCAAGAAGAGAAUUCUCCAGCAGUGAUGAAUCCAGCUUGGUGCUUUUAGGGAUCAAUAUAGGGUUAGAUUUCUUGUGCUGCCUUUAUAUUUUGUCCCCAUGCCCACCAGAUGCCUUUUGGAUUUGGAGAAGGAUCUACCACAGCCAACUAGACACCAGUGUUGGGCCAAAGUGCCAAGCAUAGCCAAUUUAUUUCCACUACAUUCCUCCCCCCUCUGAACAAAAAAUUACUUGGGACAGCGCGCUGGGACAGACCACGUUGGCCUCCCCUUUGCAUGACAGGGGUUCAGUGUUGGGUUAAACAUUUUAAGGUUGGAAUAUGCUUUGUGUGAUCCUCGCCCUUAAUCAACACCUCUCCAGGAGAGGGGCACAUUCCCAUUUUUUGUAUCAUGUGCAUACAUUUCCUUUUUGUAAUUGUGUGAGCAAGGUGUCCACUUGUGUGUGUAUAUGUCUCUCUAAACCACAUAUGCAGACGAAUCAAUGUGUGAGGAGACUCCUGUGUACUGGAAGCUGUGCACAUGUCACAGUGGGGCACGGCGGAGCCAUCAGGGUUGAUGAUGGUAAACCAAGCCCUAACGUGCCUUACGGCUUGCACCAUUCGGGAGUUAACCCCUUUUAGAGCUGGGAAAAUCUCUCUACUUUCCCAACUCCAAAAGGAUUAAUCACCAGCAUGUUUUGUGAGGAGAGUUUUUAUAUUUGGUGUUAUAUCUUCCUGGUGUAUUUUGUCUGCAGCCCUUCUGUGGCAUUUAAUAAAUGACGUGACUUUGGGAA